UGUGUAAAGGAGGCCAGGGCCAGGACAGGGGAAAGGUGAUCAAAUUUCCUUCCUCAAAGGAAGAGGUGUGAGAUCAGGAUGUUCGCUGCUUUAGAACUCGCGGCUAAAAUUUCUUGCAUCAUUUUGCUUGUUUUUCAAGGAGCAAUACUAGAUUUAUACCUAGUGAAGGAACAUGACACUCGUUGGGCAUCCUUCGUCAUAGCCGACGUCACAGUAAUCUGUGUUUGGGUUGUGUGCCUCAUCACUGCGCACAGAUUUUUUAAAUUUAAGCAGGACGAGGUAGAUGCCGGGAAGGACCCUGAAGAAUAUCCAGAUGAGCUUCCACUUGCAUUUGCAGCAUGGCUAGUAUAUGCAGCCCUUUUAACACCUAGAAUUGCGAUACUAUUUGGUGGCUCCGGUGCAAGCAGAUUGAAGGAGAAGGACUUUUUUGGGCCUAACACUCUGAAAGCUGGUGCAGCCUGUACGCCACUCAUUUUCAUACUCCUUGUCUAUGCGCAUCACGACUCAAAACCACAUACAGUCAGAAAGUAUUAUAUCCAAAGUUUGACUGGAAGCAUCGCGUUUGACCUCUUUGAUAGCCUAGACUUGUUGGAGUUUUUGUUUUUGGACAGAGAAGAGCACAAGUUUCCUCGAGCAUUAACAACAGCUGUGCUUGUGUUUGCAUGUUUGAACUUUUUCUUGCCAACGCUUGCCUUAUUUGAGCUCAAAAUAAACAGUUUUACAGGACAAGUCAGCUCAUUAUCUUCCAAAGUUUUAUAUUCCUGUGCAUUUGUGUUCCUGGUUAACGUGCCAAAUCUCAUUAUCAGGUCUGUUCUUUGGCAUAAAUACAACACAGAUGUUUCUGUCCUUCUUAUGAAAAAUGUCAUUUGUGUUGUUAUUGGCAUAGUUGAGAUCAUGGAAUACUUUGGAAAAGAAAGGCCGCAGCCCUGCCCAAAGUGCAGAAAAUGGUACACUCCAGACUUCUUAGAGAGACAUAGGCAAAAAUGUAAAGCUAAACCAUUAAAAGUUGAAGGGGAGAAUCUUUCAGAUGAAAAUGAAGCAUUGUAACACAUUUUAGCAGGUUCAUAAGCCCAGGGUGGAAUCCAUGUGAAGCUUACGCCGGACAUAUGCCAAUAAACAAUAGAAAGACAAGAGAAAUUGUUAGUCCAUGCCGGAUAUCUCCGGCGUAAGCUACAUGGAUUCCACGCUGGUCAUAAGCUGAUUUUUGUGGAGAGAUCACUAAAGCAGUAGGAAGAUGCCUUCAAAUCUCAUGUUACAUGUCUACAAACAUCAGUCCAGGUGGAAAUUGAUGUUAGAAGACUCCAAGACAUGUCACAUAUUCACUUGGCCAAAAGUUCAAAAGGGAUGUUUUAUCCAAAUAUUUUGUCAAAUAUGUAUAGAAAAGCAAAAGGUGUCAAUAAGUCCAGAAACAUAAUUUUGCAAAAUUCAAAAUCUGCUCUCUCGAAACAAAAUGACUCAAAUUUUAGUACUGUUGACAGAUAAGCACAUUGUUGGCUCUAUGUUGACAGCAGUUUAUUCACAUAGUUGGAUAAUAUAAAUGAUUGUAGGUUAAACAUACACAAUUUUUUUAACACUGUUGUAUCUUUAUGUCUGAGUUACCCCUUUGUUCUUUUGUAAUGCAGCUGAUCAGUAUUUGAAAUGGAUGCUCUUUUAAGCAAUUGUGUGUCUGCAAGUUUACAGAUCAUUUUCACAAAACUCUUAUAGCUAAACAUUCAUUUUGUUCUUGAAUACUCUUGAAUGUUCUUGCAUUGUUUGUCAAAAACGAUGUUUCUCUGUAUUUUGAUCUGGAUAUCUCGCAACACCUUUCAAAUAAUGAGUUUUAAACUCCCAAGUUUCAUAGUUUAGGUAACCAAAUUGAAUCCAAAUUGCUUUUGAAAAAGUUCUGAAUAUGCGUAAAAACUGCAUUUCAAAUUCUGCCAGUAUGCCAAUCAACUGUUAUCAACUUAAAGAUUACUUGGUAUACUUGUUUUUAUAAGUACAUUUAGUACCUAAUAUGUUUUUCAGGGAAGCGUGAAUCAUCAUCAGGAAAUAGUAAAUUUUUUUGAAUGAGAUUCAGGAAUCGAUAACACUAGUGUCCAGGAAUUGAUGGUUAGGAAUCAGGCCAGCAGGAAUAUAGAAAUUAGGGGAACUAUUGAGUACCCUAUUACUUUUAUGGACUUUUCUGCUCAGAAGACACCAUGCAAUUACCAGAAUGCACCUGUUAAUGCAGCAUGAAAGGAUCCAUUUUAAAUCAAAUAAUAAGAUCCUGUUCCCAUCCUUGGUACCAAAGACUCUGAAAUAUUGGGUUGAACAUCUUCUUAGGUGUAUAAGGCAAAACUAAACAACAAUAAAAUAUUAAAUGAAAGAUAAAAUGUAAAGAGAAAACAAAAAAGGGAAGUGAUAACUACCAUUGGUGACAGUCAUAAACCCAGAAAGGAAGUUUUCCUAGAUGCUCACUGACAAGAGCAGUGCCAUUGGGGAGGGGGGCACGUCUCCCCUGUCCUUUGCAGGAUCAAUUUUGUGUUUUAUUAAAAUUCAAUGAGAAAAUGUUGUGAGAUGGUUAGUGUUUUGGCAAUGUUCUUUUUGUGAUGUACUCCUAUGAUUCUGAAUCUGCUUUUACGAUGUUUUUUUAUGACAAAAUGGCCCCCAGAGCCUAGUGGUUGAUGCUGUCACUGCCAAUUGAAGACUGAACAUUUGAAAUGAAGGUAUCAAUAAACAAGCAACUCAUCGGCCAGAAGCCCUGAGAGACAUUUCGAAGUGUUAAUUCAGUAUUCCCGUUUCUCAUUGGCCCCCAACGCAAUUCAGUGUUGAAGAAUACAUAACAGGCGUGACAAGACAAAUAUAAAAAUAAAUUAUAUCACAAAAAGUAGCAAUCGUCACAAAGUACUCAUUGCAGCAUAGAAAAAAAAAUGUAGAAGUACCAAGAUGAAAUAAAUGGCGCUUGACGAAGGUUAGGCGUCGCUACAGAAGGAGUUGCUCCAUUUGCUCUGAGGGCUUUGGAGAAGGAAAUGGCGUGGGAUCCCUUACAUUUCUGUGUAUGAGUGGGUAUAGUUUGGCGUGCCUAUUGAAAAGAUAUGGAUUCAACAGGCUUGAAUGCAAGGAGGUUGGAUCUGAAUUGGCAAUGUAGCAACAGAAUUUUUUAAUCUUAUUCAUUCUUAUAUUGUUCAAUGAUUUGUGGUCAAAGAUUUAUUCUACAUAUUUGCAAGACUUUUCCCACUGUCUUGUUAAAAUCAUCGGUUCUGAUUCGAUUCUUUAAUAUGCUAGAUCAAUUUUCCGGCUAUAUCCCCACAAAAACUUUCUUGCCGCCAACCAUGGAGUCGACCUUCACCAAAACCCUUCACCAAACAAACAGUGACGUCCUACUGAAGUUUUCCAGAAGGCAGACUUUUUGGGCCCCCAAUUUUGAUUUCCCGGUAAGAAAGGCCGAUUCCAGUCCGCCCCCUGAUAUGAUCCUGUAGUUCUAUUUGAACACGUCCUGUUAAGAGUGAAGGAUGCAUUUCCAAGGAUACAGUAUGUCAUCUUUCAUUAACUGGAAGAAAGAAAAAUUGAAUGGGGUACUUUUUUGGCAAGGUGAUGGAAUUAUCAAGCAUUUCUGUUACUUA